ACCAGUAGCGUAUUCUUUCUCUCUCUUCUUUGUGGAUCCCGAAACCACACCCACUAAACAAUGGAGGAGAGAGAAAGCUUCUUCCUCUAUGCCCUUCGCUCUCUAGGGUUCACCAACCAGUUGGUAUCAACUCUGCUUCAUGUGAGAGAGGGAAGGUAUUCCUCUGGUUAGAGAUAGAGAGAAGGGAGCGUGUCAUAUGGGGAAGGAAGAAGAACCCCUACCGGUUUCGAUCGAGGCUUCAGAGGAGAGGAAUCAGUUUUGUGAACAAUGCUCUUCUUCUAUACUUCGGUUCUUCAGCCUUAGAUGCAUCCUCGCUCUGGUUCUCGGGGCCUGCAUCUUUCUCUCUGCCCUCUUUUGGCUGCCACCUUUUUCUUCUCUCAAGUCUGGUUCCAGUGAUGGACAUGCUGAUGAAUUCAAAGCUAUAGUGCAAGCCAGCUUCAGACUCGAGAAGCCAAUGUCUUUGUUAUCUUCUCACACCCAAAGACUUGAGUAUGACAUCAUGGAUGAAAUAGGAGUUCCAAACACAAAGGUAUCUAUCAUAUCAAUGGAGCCUCUAGGGAAAUCAAAUGGGACUAAAGUGGUUUUUGGAGUAAUUCCUGACUCAAGUAACUUAUCCAUCUCGGCUGUUGACCUAAGUUUGCUUCGGGAAUCGAUGAUACAAUUGGUCCUGCAGCAGUUGAACCUUUCGUUGACUCAAUCAGUAUUUGGGAAGCCAUCAUCCUUUGCAGUCUUGAAAUUUCCAGGAGGAAUCACUGUGGGCCCUCCCCAGACUGCCUCCCUCUGGUCCAGAGCUCAAAUCCUCUUCAACUUCACCUUGAAUAACUCCGUUUCUCAGAUACAACAGAACUUUGACCAGCUUAACGGCCAGUUGAAGUAUGGGUUGCAUCUCAUGCCUUACGAGAAUGUUUACGUUCAGGUGACCAACUUAAAUGGGUCGACACUGGCUCCUCCAGUUGUGGUGCAAACGACUGUCUUGUCGAAAUUUGAGGGCCAUUUACGACUGCCAAGGCUAAAGCAGUUGGCAGAGAUGAUCACUGGCUCUUCCGGCAAGAACCUUGGCCUUGAUAACACCGUGUUUGGCAAAGUAAAGCAAAUUGAGCUCUCAUCAUUUUUAAAGCAUACACUCAAUGCACCUCAGUCCUCUCCCUCUCCCUCUCCCUCUCCCUCUGCUCUUUCCCCAUUCCCCUCUCCAUCUUCUUUGCCCCCUUGUCAUCGAGCGUUUUCUCCCUCUUAUCCUCUUCCUCCCUCUCCAGACAACACUCACCAAAGCUCGGGUCCUUCCUCAUCUCUCGUUACCCCUCCUCCUUAUGAGGAUUAUGCACCAUAUCCACAAGAUGUGGUUCCUACCCUUGCCCCAUAUUAUCCAGAUUCCCCUUUGCCUGUGGUUGAACCAUCUUUUGGCCCAACACCCCCAGCUUAUUCAGAUCCACCAACGCCUUCACCAGCUGCUUCAUGUGUUCAUUCGAGAGCUUCAUUUGUACCAUUGCCCUCUGUUCCUUUGGAUGGUUCGCCACAGGCUGCUGUGCCUUCAGAAGACCAACGACUUGGUCCUGCUCCAAUGUUACACCGCAAGAUAUCUCCCUCACCUAUGGCCCCCAAAAUCGGGCAUGAUGAAGAAGCCUCAAAGCCUCCAAGCUCAGUUGCCUCAAUUUCACCUUCACCAUCUAGUUCUUAUAUUGCAGGUGGGCGUAUUUCUGAGGUCUCUCUAACAGGCCUGCUAGGAGGGUUGCUACUUCAUCAAAUAUUAGUAGUAGGUAUUUGAUGAGGAUACUUGAAGGAAGACUCGAGCGUCCACCUUCCCGAAACUCAUAUUUUGCCCCAUGUUGGCCACAUUUUGUUCCAAUACUGCACUGGUCAUGAGAUUCAAAUAACAGAUUUUACGCCUCUUCCUUUGGGUAGAGAUGUUUUGGAGCAUCCUUCAUCCGUGUCGAGCAUAGAGGUGAACGGAGGAGGAAAGGGCAUUAGAGAAACGAUGAAAGAAAGCAAAAAAAAAGCAAUUGUAUAUACAAAAGGUGUUUUUUUGGGCAAUGUCACGAAGGUGGCAGGCCUGUUUUUAACGUAUAUUGAUAAAUGUAGAAUAACUCUCCAAAAAAUUAAACAUCAAUUUUUUGCCUACGAGCAUAUGU